CAGAGUUCAUUGCUGCCUGUACUCUAUCUGUCCUCAUGGCCAUGGGUUAAAGCCAAUAGACAUUGCCUUCAUGAAGACACUGCAUACCAAAGUUAACAUUGUUCCAGUUAUUGCAAAGGCUGAUUGUUUGACAAAGUUUGAAGUACAGCGACUAAAAAGAAAGAUUUUAGAGGAGAUUGAUGACAACGGUAUUAAAAUUUACACUUUCCCUGAAUGUGAUAGUGAAGAUGAUGAAGAAUUUGUGCAAAUCAACCAAGAACUCAAGGUGAGUAGCAUUCCUUUCGCUGUGAUUGGUAGCAACAACGUAACAGACGUGAGAGGAAAACAAGUUCGAGUUAGGCAAUAUCCUUGGGGAAUGGCAGAAGUCGAAAACCCUGAACAUUGUGACUUCAUAAAGCUCAGAAACAUGCUUAUAAGGACACAUAUACAGGACUUGAAAGAUGUCACGCAAGAGGUUCAUUACGAAAACUACAGGGCAGAAAGACUGUCGAGCCAGGGGCAACCUUCUACUGAAAUCUCAGAGAAGGACCGAAUGUUAAGGAAAAAAGAAGCAGAGUUGAGGCGAAUGCAGGAGAUGAUAGCUAACAUGCAGAAAAAAAUGGCGAAACAAAAAGGACCUAGGCUCGACGAAAAGUUCUGAAUCUGCAAAGAUGUACAUGAAGUUCUGUAAACUUGUAGUGUUUUUGACACUCUGCCAGGUUAGUUCUUAUCUA